AUGCUCGAAUUUGAGAAGGAAAAUGGGCAGUUGAAAAGGUUCGCGGAGAACGGCCAGCAGGAAAGGGCCGAAAUUAUGGCUAAAUUGAAACAGCUAAGUGGGCAAAUUCGAACGUUGACAGAUGAAAACGAAGGCAAUAAGGUUGAAAAGGAAGUCUUGAAGAAAGAGUUGGCCGAGUACAGGUCCGACAAGGAGAAAAUGGAGAAGGAAAUGGAUAUCCUCAACAAGGCAUUAGAUCAAAGGGUUGAGGCAAACCUCGCCGAGCUCGCUUCGUGUCGUGAGAAAAUAGCUCAGUUAGAAGAAACUGUGCGCGUCAGCGCGCGUGAGAUUGAUGAUUCUCAUGCAAUGAAUGAGAGCAACCUCAAAAAACUGACGCAGUUGAGCGACAAGUUGGAGCAGGUGAUAGAAGAGAAGAAACGCUACGAAGCAGAAGUGUCCAAAUUCGAGGAGAAAAACGAUGUGCAGUCGAACAGCAUCAGAAGUAACUCGAUUAUCACUUCCAAAGAUCAAGAACUGUUCUCGUUGCGUGAAGAACUGGAACGAGCACAUAUUGAAACUGAGAAGCUGAAAAAUCAAAACGAAUCCAGAGCGGCUGAAUCCGAAUCGUUGGCAAAGCAGUUGCUAGCACUGCAGGAAAAUACGAAGGAAUUGAUGGAUCGGAUUUCACAAGGCGAAGAUGGUUCGAAAACAGCGAUUGAACAGCUAAAAGGGGAGAAUCAAAAGCUUCAAGAAGAAAUUGGCCAGCUUACGGCAUCGUUCAGAGAGGAGGUUGGUGUUCAAUUCUGA